AUGCGUUCAUAUCUGUUUGCAGUGGCUAGGGAGAAAAUUUUUUUUGACUCCCUUGAUGCCGCACUUCUGCUGUAUUCUGUGUCAUGUGACAUGCCAUUUAUGUCAUAUGUAAAAAAUUUCGCCGCUAUCAACGGCCGCACUUUUAACCAGUUAGAUGAUAAUGAGAAUAAAUUCGUCGUCGUUCUUCAGUCAAGCCAGCAUCACGCGUAA